UCCAAGUUUUUAUUACUAAUAGUAUUAAACGACACCUGCAUAAUAUGUUGGUUUAAUAGGUCUGCAUUGCUUUAGUAAUUCAAAACCAUCCUAGUUGAACGUGUGUGGACAGGACUUCUGCCAGAAAUUAUUUUGGAGACAAGUUCAGCCAACUGCAGCGAUGGCGCGGUCAUUCGGAUGGAUCGUUUAGGCUCAGUCAACAGAUAUGUUUUUUUAAUAAUGAUUUACCGCAUUUGCCCUUUAUGAUUUAGCGUCAAUAUUAUGGUUUGAUUUAACAGACCUCAGGGCUUGUUGAUCUACGCAUGAGCUAACGCUAGCUCCUGCUAGCACUGAGCUAACCGCUGCUGCCAUGGCUCACUGGAGCACCUUUGAGAAGGAGACCGAGAGAGAAACCAAGGAGUUGAUCAGACACAUCAGUGGCGUCCAGGACGAGCAGGAUGAAAACUUCCAGCUGGCACUCAAGUUUGCCUGGUCCAACUUCAAGUUCCAUAGAUAUCUGGACGUGGACAGUCACAAGAUCCAGCGAAGCAUCACUGGAAUCCACGAAAAGCUCAUGGUGCACUCAGAAGUGAGUAAAGCCGAGAGCUGGCUGAGACUGACUGAUAAGUUCCUCAAUUCCCAGCUGCCCAAUACAGAGGGAACUAAGACCGAUGUACACUUCAGCAUGCUGUCCGUGCUCCUCCUGCUGUCUGGGUCCCCAUCAAACACCAACUACACAGAAACACCCCAUCUGAAGGAGGAAGAUCCUGCAGACAAUUUUGACUGGGGCAAAUAUUUGAUGGAGGGUGAGGAUGUUGAUGAUGGGCCAUACGCAGACACCCCAGAGUGGUCUGAGGAAGAGAGUGAUGAUGAGGAUGAUCAACAGCCAAUCAGCAGAGAAGACUCUGGAAUCCAGCUGGACAGAACCCCCCAGGAGGACAAGAACAACAACACUAACAAGACCGUUCCACUCACCUGGAAAGUGGGGGAGCCCGAUGCCCGGGCCUGGCUAGAGCAACAUGUAGUGACUCCCUACUGGGUUCCCCAUGCGCCACGCUUCCCACACAGCUUGCACUUGCACUCCAACCUGCUUAAUGUUUGGGAUCAGCACUUGUACAACACAGAACCUUUGUUUCUGUCUGAAGAGAAGGUCUUUGUCACAGAAACACAGGUCAUAAGAGAGACUCUUUGGCUUCUUUCAGGAGUGAAAAAACACUUCAUAUUCCAACACAUUGAUGGGAAAGUCUCUGUAAGGAACAAUGUUGUUGUAACUCAUCUGACAGGUAGCUGCUUGCGGUCUGUGCUGGAGCGCAUUGCUGGAUACGGGCAGGCCGUGUCCAUGCUGCAGCGGUUCAUAGAUGAAGUUACAGGCUACAGCCCUGAACCUUGCCCACCAGGCUCUGGGUCCUCCAGCGGCUCCAGAAAAGGCUCCGAACCACCCUUCAGGACCUACCAGGCUUUUGUCUGGGCUCUCAACAAGUAUUUCACGGGCUUCAAACAAGAACUAACUUCGAUUGAAAGACUUCUCAUAUGCAAAGAUGAGACUGUGACUCUGUCUGGAGUUUUGGAGCAGCUUGGUCCUCAGCUUGCACAAAUCAAAGUGUUGCACAAAAUCUUUUGCACCGGCGUAGCUGAAGUUCCACUUGAAACACCGAACGUUGUGCGAGCUUCCCAUCUGCUCAACACCUUGUACAAGGCCAUCAUCGAGUAUGAUGGUGUUGGGGAGGCUUCUGAGCAAACAGUGGCUUUGUUGUUCUCCCUGUGGACUGAGACGGUCCGGCCAUAUUUGGAGAUUGUUGAUGAAUGGAUAGUUCACGGCCACCUGUUUGACCCCGCCAAAGAGUUCAUCAUCCAGCGGAACAAGGACGUCCCAGUGAACCACAGGGACUUCUGGCACGCUACCUACACCCUGUACAGUGUGUCUGAGGCGGUAGAGAACGAAGAGAAGCUGAAUGAUGCGGCCAGUGGCAGCUCCACAGGGGACCAGGGGUCCAGCAGCAGACAGCUCACCAUGGUGUCCUUCCUCAAACCUGUGCUCAAAGAGAUCAUCAUGGCGGGAAAGUCCAUGCAGCUGCUCAAGAAUCUUCACUGUAAAGACAUUGAAAAGUCAGCACAAUCCUCCAGAGAUGCAGAGAGGAAGAGUCUGUACACAUUGUUUCUGGAAUCGGUGCAAUCCCGCCUCAGCAGCCAUGAAGGAUCUCCCUCAGACAAGGUGACUGAACUGCAAACCACAGAGAGGAGCCUGAUCAAAAUGCAGUCCAUAAUUGCACAGCAUCUGGAGAUGGAAGACAUCCAUGACCCUCUACUGGCCAUCAACUUUGCAAGGCUUUACCUCGAGCAGACUGACUUCCACGAACGUUUCUCCGGUGGCGAUGUCAUUGUGGACCGCUCCUCACAAUCCGUGACCUGCCAGACGUUUGAACUCACGCUGCGUUCCUGCCUCUACCCGCAUAUUGAGCGGCGUUACAUUGAGUGCUGCGGGGACCUGAUGAGGACGUUAAAAAAAGACUAUAAGCUACUGGAAUAUCUCCAAGCCAUGAGAAACUACUUCCUGCUUGAGGCCGGCGACACCAUGUAUGACUUCUACACCGCCAUCUUUGACAAGGUACAAGAAAAGGACAGCUGGCAGCAGCUGUCGUCUCUCAACAUUCAGCUGCAGGAGGCUGUGGGACAGCGAUACCCAGAAGACAGUAGCAGAUUAUCAAUCUUCUUGGACACCAGUGAACCGACCAGAAAAAAACACCCGGUCAAUAACUUAGAAAUGAUUACGCUCAGCUACAAGGUCCCCUGGCCUGUUGACAUCGUGAUCAGCUCAGAGUGCCAGAAGAUCUACAAUCAGGUCUUCCUCCUCCUGCUGCAGAUCAAACGGGCCAAGUACAGCUUGGACACGCUUCGAUUCAGUGAUUUAACUGAUUUCACUAAGAAGGCGGAAGGUCCAGCCUCUGGUGAGGUGAAGGUCCAGGGGCCAAUCAAUCAGCAGAUCCAUCGCAUGUGUUUACUGAGGGUCAAACUCAUGCAUUUUGUCAACAGCCUCCACAACUACAUCAUGACAAGGAUCCUCCACAGCACAGGACUGGAGUUCCAGCACCAGGUGCAGGAGGCAAAGGACUUGGACCAGCUCAUCAAGAUCCACUAUAGAUACCUGGCAACCAUUCAUGAUCGCUGCCUUUUGAGAGAGAAGGUCAGUUUUGUCAAGGAGGCAAUAAUGAAGGUCCUCAAUCUUGUCCUCAUCUUCUCUGAACGGUGGCAAGCAGGAUAUGGAGCCUGGAAGAUUGAAUCAAUUGAUAAAAUGGAGUCUGAUUUCAAGAACUGCCACAUGUUCCUUGUGACGAUUCUCAAUAAGGCGGUGUGUCGUGGCGUCUUCCCUCACUUGGAGUCUCUGGCUCUGUCGCUGAUGGCCGGCUUCGAGCAGUGCUGAGGAAAUGACCCAUCCACUACUGUUAUUGUACCGUUAUGAUGUAAGAUGUGAUGUUGCGACCAACAUCAAUGAAGACUGGACUUGUGAACUUGAUGACAUGUUUAAAUUGUAAAAAUGUUAUUUAUAUGAAUGUCUUUUUUCCAUGCAUGUGAUUGAAAAUUAGUACUUCAUUUGUGUACAGUAGAUCUGAUUGGUACAUACAACUGAACAGAGUUUAACAAAAAAAACAUUCACAAAGUACAUUUAUGAAGAAAAAAUCUGAACUCAUAAAUAAAGAUAUGUGAAGUGGAUCCUGUUAGUUUACUAAUUUAUGAAAUAUUUUAUUAGCCUGAGCAUGUUAAAGUGACAAGAAAGACAAUGAUGAGGUGGACAUAAAUGAGUAAUGCAAACGCAGCCAAGAAAGUUUAUUUUCCUCUCUAGUAUUUGGUGCACAACCUUCGGUGGUCACACUACAUUGCUGCGUUAAAUCACAAUUGACAGUCGUAAACAGAAACUUAGUGUCCAACAAGGCAGUGGUGACUGCAGCAGUGCAUGACUGCACGGUUACAGAGUAAUCUGGAUGUCAAUGCAGACACAAACGAUCAAUAUUUGGUCACCAUAAACAGCCUGAUGUAUUUAUUAGAACACUGGUGAGGGGUAAUGAAUUAAUGUAUUUUUUUUUUUAUUUUCAAAUUGACUCUCAAGGCCUUACCAUGGUCUUCUGAACAUCUGGAAAUGUUUUAAAGCACAAUCCCAUUUAUUUAUUUUAAAUUCUUCCAUUUAAGGUUUAUCUUAAUUCUCAGGUCCAGAUCUGCAACUUCAAUGGGGGGCAAAGUCGUUUUGGAUUAAGGCUGAAAAUGUGGUCUCGAUAUACGCUUAUUAUUUUUCCUACGUCAUGCUUUUAAAUGCAUUUUUAAGCCUAUUAGUCCUGUGUAUGUUUGAAUGAGACAUAUCAUACUCAAUUAAUGUAUUUAGGUUGCGACUUAUUCAAAUCGUUCUCCAUUUUUCAAUGUAUAAAAAGUG